AUGGGUCUGUCGAGGUGGACCGUUGCAGCAGCGCUGCUCCAACUGGCCUCACUCGCACUGGCCCAUGGUCACGAUGAGGAGCACCAUGACAUGGACAUGAAGAAGCCGGAAGCCCCUCACAAUGACGGCGGGGAGAUUGAUCCAUAUGAUAUGCCCAGCUAUGCCGGCCUGGGCCAGCACCAGGGUAUGAUCAUGGCGCACGUGGUCAUGAUGGUAUUGGCAUGGUUUUUCAUUCUUCCAAUCGGCGCCAUGUUCAGCAUUGCUCGGUCGAAAUUCGCCCUUCCCGUCCAAUUUCUUUUCCUGAUUGUUAACGGCGUGGGACUGCUGUUCGGGAUUGUGUACAACAUCAACACCCCCGAUCUGUACGUGCACAAUGCCCACCACAGGAUUGGCUGGAUCGCGACCUGGAUGAUGACCGCCCAGGUCAUUGCGAGCCUGUUGUUCGCCUACUCGCGGAGAGGCAAGCAAUCCGCAGCUCCGGUGGGCGAGAGGGAGGCAUUUCUCCCGGUUUCCGUGGAGAACAUGGCCCAGCAUAACAGGCGGCCGCCCUAUAAUCCUUACCGUUGGUCUGGCGACAGCGGCCAGGGCACCGAUACUUCCUCGACCCUGCACAGCCGUGAUGCUUCUCCGACGGUUGUGGGCCGACGGGAUACCUUUGAUGAUUUUGAGAAACCUGAACCCCUCCCAGACUCGGAAGACGACGAAGACCUGCAGUUACCGCAGCAGCCCAGCGAGCGAUCCCGCUGGUUGCACAUCAGCUUCAUCGACAGAUACCUGUCCGCGCGCAUUCCGCACCUGCUUUCAUCUCAGAUGCUGCGCGUGGCCAAGAUCGUGUACAAUGUGGUGGACAGAUUGAUUCUAGUCCUUGGUUUCAUCGCCUUGGUGACUGGUUUCAUCACGUACUGUGGCAUUUUCAGAGCCAACAACGUCUUCACGGGUCUAGCCCACUUUAUCAAGGGAGGAAUUUUCUUCUGGUACGGCCUGCUCACCCUGGGACGAUGGAUGGGUUGCUUUGCCGAUCUGGGCUGGGCUUGGAAUCUUAAGCCGAACCGCAGCGAAGUCGGCCAAUGGAAGUCGAAAAUCCCCUCGGCUGAAUUCACGGAAUCCUUUGUCAUUUGGCUGUACGGUGCCACCAAUGUCUUCUUGGAGCAUCUGGCGGCUUGGGGCGGCGAGUGGACGGCCCAGGACUUUGAACAUGUCUCGAUCGCCAUCAUGUUCUUUGGCGGCGGAAUGUGCGGUAUGCUUGUCGAGUCCAGCAUCGUCCGCCGUUGUCUGAACACGGUUGUCGACAACAUGCCUGCCCGAACAGACGUCCACCCCAGUGAAGCACUGGAGCUACGUGAGACACCGAAACAGUACACCACCUCUCUCAACCCUAUGCCUGGCUUGGUCAUCAUCCUCCUCGGCGUCAUGAUGUCUUCUCACCACCAGGACUCGAUGGUGUCUACCAAUGUCCACUCACAAUGGGGCACGCUGCUGGUCGGCUUCGGCGUUGCUCGUAUGUUCACGUACCUGAUCAUGUUCCUCUCCCCACCCAAGUCGGUCUACCCUACCCGCCCUCCCACUGAACUGAUCGCCGCCUUCUGCUUGAUCAGUGGUGGAAUCAUCUUCAUGGCCAGUGCCCGAGACAUCGUCCACUACAUGGAGAGAACGGGUCUCAUGGCUAUGUUUGUGCUCACCGUCACGUGUGGAUUGACGGCGUUCAUCAUGGCGUAUGAGAUCGUCGUGCUGUCACUCAAGGGCUGGGCCAUGAGGAGGGAGAACAAGGGCGCGGCACCCAGAUUCUGA